GAGGGAUCAAAUGAUAUAUUUACAACAACUGAUUAUUCCCAUCUUCAAUUUCUUUGCGGAAAGCCCUACAUAUUGCCAGCUUCCCCCUGAUUCUUUACCAAUCUUCUUGGAUAUCACAAAAACUGGUUAUGGAGGGGAGAUGAUAUGUGGUUCAAUAGGUGGAUACAAAUCUGGUCAUUAUAUUGGACCGAAUCGUGCUAAGGCCUGGUGCCUUUUCGAUUCAAGUUACGGAAAAGCUCAAUAUAAUUAUGCAGAUGGUUUUCCCCAUGAUGGAUGGAGGCAGUUUCUACCAUACGUGAUCGACAUUUAUAAAACUGGUGCUGCAACAAUUACUGAAGAAGCAGAGAUCGUCCAAAAUAAGAUCUUCUUUACAGCUCUUCUUGGAUCUACAGCAACAGUCAAAGCUACUGUAGGUGGUGUCGACCAAGCUGCUACAUGGACGAGAAUUCCAGAUGGCAAUGUCGGACUGUAUCAUGGCAAUGUCACGUACAAAGGUAUAGGGCCUGUUAUUGUGACUGUUCUAAGAGAUGGUACCCGAGUUGCAAAAGUCUCGGGAGGUUCCAUUUCUAUAGUUUGCACAGACAGUAUUGAGAAUUUGAAUCCCUGGGUUGGAUCUGACACAGGACUUUCGGUCUCGGUGGUAGCUCUAGCUUAUCUUUUAACAGUUCUACAUUGUGUUAGAGGAAUUGGUCCAGGAGAUUAUGCUGAGCUUUGUGCUCUCGUAUGCACGUAUGACUAUUGUUCAAUAGUCUGCACCUGCACCAAAGUAGGCAAUCUCAGAACAAAUAUACUCAAAGCAACUAAUCUCAACGGAUAUCCAGCGGCUGGGUUUGACAUUACAUAUGAAGGUUUAUACAGUUUUGAUUGCAACUAUGGAGUUUGCCCCAAGGCAUGUGUCACAAUUGCGAACAAGAACGACUGUAAUCCACCUGCGGCGUCAGCAGCACCAAUACCGUUCUGUACAGGCGGUACCGGGAUCGAUACCGAUUGGAAUUCUCUUUGUUCAUUCACCUGCAAGUAUAAUAAUUGUCCAAACAAAAAAUGUAUCUGUACGUCAGCAAGCUUCACCGAAAAUACAGCUCCAACAUAUUCAACCCUUACUGGCUACCCAGCAGACAAAGAUGGACAGGACUACGUUCUUUGUGAAUGGGCGUGUAAUCGAGGCUUUUACCCAUUUCCUUCUUGUUCUAGUACUGCUCCUCUCGCAGAUAUUGGAGAAGAUGUAACUUCGUUUCCAAUUUAUACUGUCUCAAAGCUUACCGCGACAAGUAAAGCAAAUAGCGUGGCCCUGCUUGCCUACUGGACAACCUGUGAGUACCUUCCACAGUGCGCCCCUGGAUUUCGAGCGGUUGAAUAUGGCCGUGGCAAGGUGAUUUAUGAUGCCAACAGGAAUGCUUAUACUGCCGAUGGUUGCACCGGUGGAUCCAAGGAAUUUAAUCGUGCAUUUUGUGUGGAAACUGAUGUUAGUCUUGGCCAAUGUAACUGGCGAGGUACUGCUACAUCCUGUUCUCAGACAUGUAAGGCCGGAGAAUUUCUACUUACCCAAAAUACACACAUUGCAUAUGCAAAGGCUGGCUGUAAGGCGGGAUAUUUCUCAAGUCUAUGCUGUGAGAAAAUUGAAGUUCCCAGCAAAGAUCUUGUAACUUGCCCCUACACGAACUUGAACAAUGUUAUCACUGGAGGGCAUGGCCCUGUUGUGCGGGCUAUAUCCAACUCAAAAGCGUAUCUAGGUGGCUCUCAAGUCCCAGCCGGUGAAUGCAUUUAUAACCCUGUAGGAAAUGCUUUGUCGUUUAGAUUGAACCAAAUAGUUGCUAAUGGUGCAAUUUUGAACAACAUACCAGGUACAUGGGAGGCACACGUUGGGAGUGUUGCGGAUUUCAAACCUACUCAGAACAAGCCGCCACAAAGUCAAGCCAAAGACAUCGAUGAAUGUGAUACAUGGCUGGCAGACUAUCAUACUACUUCAUUGUUAGUAACUUCGAUAGUCACUAUUAACUGCGACGAAGACAACUGGCCCCAAACUUGUGCCUAUUACAAUUCAGUUGGAAGCGUUAUGAUACUACUGGUAAUUACAUGUCCUUGGCAGAAUCAAGGAUCCAAGGACAAACCGGUACCUUUCUAUUGGAAUUCACAGCAUUACAGUAUGUGGUGGCCCUUUGUCGAUAGCUUCCGAGGUCCUCUUUCUUGUUAGAGAGACGAGUAUCCACCCCUUUACUUCAUACCUACAGAACAUUAAAGCGAUUGGCGGCAAUCAAUCCGAUUAUUGCCUAGCUGUCA